AUGGCUGAACAAAGAACACUAAGGCAGCUUGCUGCUCCUGAUGUCAAUUACAAUGAUCUAUGCAUCCAAUAUACUGACGUUGAUAUUCCUUUUGAAUUGAAAUCUGGUUUGAUACACUUGUUGCCCAAGUUUAUUGGUCUUGCAGGUGAGGAUCCGCAUAAGCAUUUGAAGGAAUUUCAGGUUGUUUGUUCUACACCAUUGAGGCCUGAAGGUAUAACAGAAGAUCACAUCAAGCUCAGAGCUUUUCCAUUCUCGCUCCAGGGUGCUGCCAAAGAUUGGUUGUACUAUCUUGAGCCGAAUUCUAUCACAACUUGGAAUGAUUUGAAGAAGGUCUUUCUAGAGAGAUACUUUCCUGCUUCUAGAGCUGCGUCAAUCAGAAAAGAAAUAUGCGGCAUUAGGCAGGGAAACGAAGCAUUGGCAGAAUACUGGGAAAGAUUCAAGCAAUUAGUUUCCAGUUGUCCUCAACACCAGAUCACCGAGCAAUUACUCAUCCAGUAUUUCUACGAGGGGUUGCUACCAAUGGAUAGAAACAUUUUGGAUGCUUCUAGUGGUGGAGCACUUGUUGAUAAAACUCCAGCUGCUGCCAAGGCCUUGAUUGAGAACAUGUCACUCAAUUCGCAACAGUUCACAACUAGGAAUAAUUCUGUGAGUGUGAAUGAGAUUCAGUCUUCUUCUUCCUCUUCUUCCAUCAAGGCUCUAGAAACCAGAAUUGAAACAAGAAUUGAUGAGCUUACUUCUUUGGUGAAACAGUUGGCAGUUAGUAAAGCUCAACCAACAAAAGUGUGUGGUAUUUGUACUUCUUCUGAGCACCCGACUGAUACAUGCCCCAUUUUGCAAGAUGAGUCGAUCACUGAGUUGCCUCAAGCAUACGCAGCAAACCUUUACAAUCGAGGCAACAAUCAAAACAGGUACAACUCUCCUGACCUUUCCACUAACAGGUACCAUCAUAGUUGGGCGAACCACCCACUUCUGCGGUAUGGGAAUCCAACCGCGCAACAAAACACACCGCCUGCGGCUGCACCACCUGCGGCUGCCUCCGGACCUUUAUUGGAGGACCAUGUCAAGGAGCUGGUUCUAAAUAGCACACAAUAUCAACAACGAACAGAUGCUAGCAUUCAGAAUCUGACAACACAGAUGGGACAAAUGGCUAAUGCAAUAGGCCAACUGCAAGCUCAGGGCUCGGGUAACCUUCCUGCACAAUCAGUGCCGAAUUCAAAUGUGAGUGCAAUUACCUUGAGAUCCGGAAGAGUAUCGGAACCAGCUCUAGAGAAAAAGAAGAAGAAAACCAUUGCAUCAUCAUCUACUCCUGAACCUGAAAAUGUUAUUGAACCUUCUGUUACAACUGAAACUAGAACUGAAAAAGUAUAUGUGCCAUCAAUUCCUUUUCCUCAAAGGGUGCAGAAAAAUAAAAAGAAGACAGUUGAGGAAGAGAAAGAGAUUCUUGAUACAUUCAGAAAAGUAGCAGUUAACAUUCCUCUUCUUGAUGCAAUUAAGCAGAUCCCUAAAUAUGCAAAAUUCUUGAAAGAUUUGUGCACAAACAAGAGGAAGGUGAAGGAAAAUGAUAGAGUCAGUUUGGGGAGAAAUGUUUCUUCUCUCAUUCAUCCCAAAUCCAGUUCCUCGGCAAAUGUCUCAGUUCUCAGCAUUAAUGUUAUGCCUACUUAUGUUUAUAAUAACCUUGAUCUUGGUCCUUUGCAGCCUACAGGUUUGAUUGUUCAAUUGGCGAAUAGGAGUAAUGCCCGCCCUGUUGGAGUGUUAGAAGAUGUCCUUGUACAAGUUAAUGACUUAAUUUUUCCUGCAGACUUCUACAUUUUAGAUAUGGAGGGAGAAACUAAUUCCAGCAGGGCACCCAUUAUUCUAGGCCGACCCUUCAUGAGGACGGCAAAAACAAAAAUUGAUGUUUAUGAUGGCACAAUGUUCAUGGAGUUUGGCGACAUUGUCGUUAAAUUUAACAUUUUUGAUGCCAUGAAACAUCCCUUAGAGGAACACUCUGUUUUUUAUAUGGAUUUGGUUUCUGAGUUGGUUGGUGAGACCUGUCCUGAAUUCUUUUCCGCAGAUUUUGAUUCAUGUACUAACACUAACCUUUGCUCUGAGAUUGCAUCUGCCUUGCAGGAUAAUAACUUUCAUACAGGUGAAGAUAAAAUUGUUGAUGAAGAUGUCUAUGCAGCUGAAGUUCUUGACAUUCUGGCUACCCCAAGCAUACCAUCCAUUGAAGAGCCACCUUCCUUAGAGCUGAAGUCACUCCCUGAAAAUCUUAAAUAUGCUUAUCUAGAGAGGGAUGAAACACUUCCGGUUAUAAUUUCUUCUAACCAUGAUUUUGUUAAAGAAAAUAAGCUUUUGCAGGUUUUGAAGAAACAUAAAUAG